GAGUAACAGAAUGUUAGAACACAGAUCACUAGUUUAUAGCAUUUUGCAGUGUCAGUGUCUUCUCUGUUAUCUGUUAUCUGUGAUGUUUGUGUUUUGAUUUAUCAUGGUCAAUGGUCAGGUCUUGUUAUCAUUGGUGGGGUAUCAGUUAAGUCAGAAGUAGCUAUCUUAUGUAAUGGUUAGACUGUCUUAAGAAAGUUUAGGGGAAAGAGAGAGGACUUGGCUCCAAGUUUUUACUUGGCUAAUGUCAGUGUACCGCUGCUUGAAUUGACAUUUCACAUAAUUGAGCGGCAGAUAGUUAGGAGUGAAGAGGAUCUUGAAUGUUUUCCAAAAAUGAGUGUAGCCAUAAAUCUAGAGUAUAUUGAGCGUGUCAUCCUGCCACAUGUGAAAGGUUUACAACCAGCAAGCGCUGACUUGACAGAGCAGAACCACGUGAUAACCAUGGGGGAAACUUCGGCGCAAAAGCGACUUUUAAGAAAGAACGCAAAGCAAGCGAACGGCUCCAGCAUGGCGACGCCCACCUCGAGCCUGGAAGAGAAGCUGGCUGAGCGGGAGGAGAGGGAGAAGAUUGUGUUAUGGAGAAGACCUGUGCAGACCCUCCACUACUUCUUCCGGGAAUGUGGGAUCCUCAGCGUCGAGUAUAUGGUCAAACUAUGGAAUAACAAGAAGGUCGUCUUAUUAUUAGCACUACUUGUAGGUGGUUAUUAUGCAGCGUACAAGACUCCAGGGCCCCAUCAGCUUAUGAUCCAGAGAGUUGAGAAUCAGUUCUGGUGGUGUGCCUGGUGGGUAUGGCUAGGAAUUCUCUCCUCUGUGGGCUUGGGUACAGGCCUCCACACCUUCCUGCUUUACCUGGGCCCCCACAUAGCAUCCGUUACCAUGGCUGCGUAUACGUGCAACUCGGUAGAUUUCCCUUCACCACCUUAUCCUGACGACAUAAUGUGUCCAGAUGAGGAGACUGCAACAGGGAAGGAGAUGUCCAUUCUCACUAUCAUGUCCAAAGUCAGACUGGAGGCCUUCAUGUGGGGGGCCGGAACUGCGCUAGGGGAGUUACCCCCAUACUUCAUGGCACGAGGUGCAAGACUGUCUGGCUAUGAUCCUGACGAUGAAGAAAUGGAAGAGUUUGAGGAAUUGCAGCGGCUGAAGGACAGACCAGAGGACAUGUCCUUCAUCGAUCGAGCAAAAUUAUCAGUGGAGAAGCUGGUCGAAAGAGUUGGGUUCUUUGGCAUCCUUGCCUGUGCAUCUAUUCCCAAUCCCCUAUUUGACCUGGCUGGCAUCACAUGUGGCCACUUCCUGGUCCCCUUCUGGACGUUCUUCGGUGCUACACUCAUCGGAAAGGCCAUCAUCAAGAUGCAUAUUCAGAAGCUUUUUGUCAUCAUUGCAUUUAAUGAGACACUACUAGCAAAGGCAGUGAGUCUGUUGGCCUUUGUGCCUAUGGUGGGGUCCAAGUUGGAACAGCCUUUCAAGACCUUCUUGGAGAAGCAGAAGAACAAAUUCCACAGGAAGCCUGGGACAGGGCCAGAUACACAGGAUGGGGGAAACCUCUUGGCAUGGAUUUUUGAAAAGUUGAUCUUGUUAAUGAUCACAUAUUUCAUCCUAAGCAUAGUGAACUCCUUUGCUCAGAACUACCACAAAAGGAUACACAAGCAUGCGCGUGACAAGAAGCUAGCUCAAGACUGAUGUAGAGAUCAACCAGUAAUCCAUGUAUGAAAUAAUACCAUAUACGUCACUGAUACGUGUGGGUUGGUGGAAGACUGGUUGAUUGAAAUAGAAAGUCGGAACUGUUAACUAAUUGAUGUCACAAGGUUUGUGCUCAGUUUCCAUCUUAGCACUGAAAUUGGAAGGAAUGGACAGAAUUUUAGUUCUGGUGUAUACUUUUUUCAUGUUUUAUUUUAUUUUAUUUUUUCAUUGGUGAGAGAGAAAGGAAUAAAGCAUUGCCCAAGUAACUUAGAACUAGAGAGACAUGCAUUGUAAUGUGCUUGGGUGUAUGUGAUUGUUACCCUGUCUCUCCAAACUGGGCAUGCAAGCAGCCAACCACACACAAGACAGCCAUCAUGAACAGCACUGCAAGUAGUGUGACUGAGAUGUUGAGUGACACAUAGGAAAGAAAAGUUACUGAACAAGAAUGUGAAAGUGUUCCUAAUUUUGCCAUAAUUUAUUGUUUCUUCCUUUUUUUUUCUUUUGUUUAUUUGUGACCGUAAUAUUUGUCAAUAGAACAAGAGCUGGUAAUAUGGUAAUUAAUAUGUGUGUAUGUAUAUAUAGAUAUGAGGAAAGUGAAAGAUUGUAAUUUUGUAAUAGACAAGAGGCCUUUUUAAGUACUGUUGAAAUAACACAAUUUACCCAUUUCACUUAGAAGAUCAUUGCCAUAGAAUAUAGUUAGAGGUAUGAUAUUUGUAUAGUUUGCUGAAAAUGAGGUGAACUGAGCCAGAGUAUGAAAAACUUACAUAUGCAGAAUUAAAAUAAGCUGCAGUGUAUAGUCUCCAAGAGGCACCAGACUAGUUUUACACCAAAGGGAUAAAAAUAAAAAAUAGUACUCGUAUAUGUAAAUAGCCAUGUAAAGUAAAAAGUAUACCCAGUGAAAACUGUGUAAUUAUUUAUACAUUUUGUAUGCUACACAAAUCUGAAACUUACUUAUCUUGUCCUUAAGCUGCUAAAAGAGAAACAACCAUGGUUUGAAGCCAUGUUUCCAUAAGUACUGUACAUGAUGCAGCUUUCUUAACUGUCAACAAACUUUUGUACUCCACAUGUUGGACGAAAAAGACAAAAUACUUACUCUCCUGUUGACAAAGGACAUUCUUUGAGUGAUAGUGUAAGUGCUUGUGUGUGUUUAUAUUUUGAUGGCAGUUUAUGAAUACAUUUUGGUUGAUUCCACUUGUCAUACUUGUACUUGCGAGAUUUUGUUAUGAUGUGUCAUCGUUUCCUUUUUUUUAUUGUUUCUAUUAAUCCUCCAUACCAUAACACAUUUUAAGAACUAGAACUGAAUUUCUUGUCUUUGGAACACAUAGAAAAAUGGAUUGUAAAACCUUGUUCCAUUAUUUUGUAAUCUGUAUGUUAAUUUUUUAAUGGCAAUAUAUAUAUAUAUUUAG